AAUCAGCGCGCGGAGGUUGCGGGGGCGCGAGCUCCGAGUGAGCGGCGAAAUAAAAAUCAGAAUUUGAAAAAAAUUCUUUAAUUUCCCAAUUUUGUCAGAAAGCCUGAGGGAAACUCGGAUCUUUUUCUUCAGCCUGAUUGUCGAUCGAUGUUGUAUCCUGGUUAUCAUGAGUUGGGCAUUGGAGGAAUGGAAAUCCGAACUACCCAGCAGAGCCCUGCAGAAGAUAUCUGAGUACGAGAGCCAGCUGGAGAAACUGAAGAAAGAGCGACAACAGAAGCAGCUCCAGCUGGAUAGUUUAGAAGUUGCGUUCCAGAAACAAAACCAAAAGCUCGAGGGUGAACGCGAUGAGAAUGCAACCUUGAGGAGAGAGACGCAGGGCCUGACGGAGGCACGUAACAAUCUGGAGAAGGCACAGCAGAGGCUGUGCCAUGAGAUUCAGGUGAAGGAGGCCUUGGUAUGCAGUCUGGAGGGGCAGCUGUUGGCCACAAAGAAACAGAUAGACAGCCUGGAGCAUGAGCUAAAAAGGCUGGAAGCAGAGCUUGAGCGAAGUCGUAGAGCCCCAACAUCAGCAGAAUGCCAGCUCCAACUUACUCCAGCUAGGAUCUAUCCUGCGUGUACCACGCUGAGCAGCACUAAUGAGGGUUCGAAAUGGGAUGAAUUGCAAGAAAAAUACAACCGAGAGGUAGAGGAAAAGAAGAGGCUAGUCUCUGAAGUGAAAGCUCUGAAAUUGCAGGUUCAACAGUUGCAAUUUAGCAGCAACAAGAGUCACCGAGAAAGUGCCCCGCAGCAGAUUAGAGCCGCCACAUUUUCGUGGCAGCAGGAGAAAACGCCCACUCGUGUGCCGGAGAGUCCCGUUGGACGAGGGCUGCCUUCCUCCGUAUUUCCAUGGGAGCAGCCGAGGACACCUCCGCACUACAAUUCCAGAAGCCCGCAGCAGAAUGACAACAAAACCAGGAACCUUGGACCGGGAUCCGGGAGCAGCCAACUCGGUCAGUUUGAGGAGCCUGGAAAUGCGCAACUGCAGGAAUUGAGGAAAGAAAACCAAGUGCUACAGUGUACAAUGUCUGAGCUGGAAGUUUGGGUUCAGUCGCAAGAGAAAGAGAUUAAAAAUCACCUGAACAAGUUGCAGGAAGUGCAGUCAAACCUGGAGAAAUCCAAAGCAGAACUGGCAAUGAAAGAACAAGCUCUGAGUAAGAGCAAGGAUGAGCUAAUGAGAGUAACUGUGCAGCAGGAGCAGACCAACAACAAGUGUGCACUUCUGGAGCAGAAGCUGAAGCAGGUUUCCGAGGAGCUGAGCUGUCAAAGACAGAAUGCAGAAAGUGUUCGACGCCUGAUGGAGCAAAAGUCUAAGGACAAGGAGAAGGAACACCAGGAGGAACUGUCAGACCAGCAAGGUGCAUAUCGUAACCUCGAACAUCAAUGCAAGCAAGAGAAAAACCAACUAAAUCAGGAGAUCCAGAAGCUCAAGACUGAGCACCUGGCUUUACAGUCUGCAAUCGAUAAAAUGGCAGCACAGAAACAGCUGGUGGACAGGGAGUUGGAGGAAGUCAAAGCUAAAUUUCGCUGUGCAGAAAAGGAACUUGCAACUCAUCAGAGGAAGGGGGACAGUCUGCAGGAAAGUCUCCAGGAAGCGCUUAAGGAGAAAGACCGCAUCAGUACCUGGCAAGACCAAAGCACUCAGAGAAUCGUGCACCUAGAAGCACAGAUGAAAAGGCUGGAGAAACAGCUAAACCUGAGUGAGAAAGCAAGGGAAGCAAUUAAAACUGAAAACCUGACUCUUGCAUCUAAACUUAAAGAUCUUCAGCAGAAACUGGAACAUGAAUUCCACCUGAACUCCGGAAAUGCUGGUCUUGCUGCCAUGGUAAGCGAGUUGAGUAUGACAGAUCAGAACGAGGUCAACGAGUGUGAACCAGGUGAAGAGCAAGAGAGCCAUCAAUCAAACGAUGGGCAGUUUGAUGGUACAGACACAGUUGUGGGAUGGCCAGUGAAAGUCGGAGAGAAAAUGUUGGACUCUAUGGAAGGAAGUCAACUUGGAGAAUUAGAACUCCUGGCGAAGUCUAUUACCUUGGACCAAGACAACGGGACCAACAUCAAGGAAGAUCCAAGCUUAAACACUGAAGUAAAAUUGGAAGCUGUGCAAAGUGGAGCAUGGACAGAAUCCCGAAGCUUGGAAGCAGCAAGGGAUGUGUUCCCAGAUCCUGAAGAGAAAGCGGGGACACAACUCCAGGAGCUCGACAAAGAAACAAAGAAAGAAUUCAAAGCGGGUGGAGCAGAAACUGCAGUCAGACCUAGUGACUCUGUAGAGAAGGGUCAGGCAAUGACUGACUGGCUUGACAAACCAAUCACAGUGUCUGUACACCUAAGAGAACAUGAGGUGGAAUUGGACGAAGUAAAAACGAAAAAUCAGAUGUUACAGCGAGAGCUGGAUAACCUGAAACAAAUGCUUGAUAGUAAAGUGAUCGAAGGCCAGAAAAGCCAGCAGACUGUAGCAGAACUGAGGCAGAAGCUGAAGCAGGCAAUGCAAAGAUGCGCUGCAGAGGCUGAGUACUCCACUACACUGGUUACUGUACAGGCAGGGCAAAUUAGUACCCUGGAGAAAGACCUGGAGCAUGAGAGAGUCAACGUGUCAAAGCUGCAAGAGACCAAUAAGAUGCUGGAGCUUGAGUGCAGCAAAUUCUCAGAGCUAACCAGAUCCAAAGCUGGCCCCAAGAGAUCAGAUGAAGAUGAAAUUCAGAUUCUGCAGAAUGCUGCAUCUGAGAAGAUACAGCAGCUUGAACAACAGAUUGUGGAACUUAAUAGUGAAAAGAGUUGCAUUGAGGCGAUCAUAAAGGCAGAUGGCAGGCCAGUUGUUGUUGCCGGUGAGAGCAGUGACGACCUCCUGGAAUGCCUGGAACACAGAGAUGCUCAAAACCUUGAGCUUAGUGAGAUGUCUUUAAAUCAGCCCAAUCACGUGUGUUGUGACCCGAGAGAAAUGCUGGAACAGAAGCUGAAUGAGGAGAAAACUUGUUUUAUGGAAAUCAUGAAGGGGGGUGAUGGGAGUGGUCAUAAGAAGGACAAUCGAGGACUCUUCCUGGAGUACUUAAAGCACAAAGUUGUUGAGCGCCUCGAGUUUGAUGAGCAGUUGCUAGAGCAUCGGAAACAUCUCGUUGACCUUCAGCAACAGUGCAACGAGCUGACCAUAGAGAAGGAGCAAGAAGAGAAAGCAAAAAGAUAUGCUCAGGAUAAGUUUGACAAUCUACAGUCCAAAAUUCACAGGGAGACACAGCAAUUAACAGUGGCCCUGGAAGCCCAAAGUAAGAACAUAGAGGGUCUUCUCUUGAGCAUGGAAGAGAAGGACCAGACCAUUCUGGUUUUAAGUGAACGUCUGCAAAAUUCUUUAAAGGUGCUGUCAUGCCUUCGGACGGAGAAUUACGAGCUGAAAACUAACUUGAAGACAAAUUUGGACUUCUCCAAAAGGGAGUGUGUUGACAAUGCAGAUUUCCCCAGGAACACCGUGCUGGAGCAAACCAGUGGUGGGCAGUUUUCUCAGGCUAGCCGAAAGGAGCAUGAAAAGGGCGGCGUGUUGUCUGUGGGUGAGCAAGCCCCCCCGAUAAAUGGAAGAGCUGUGCCUGCUGAUGGAACUGUACAAAAUUCAGAGCUCAGCCAUGGUGAGAACCUGUUUGAUCACUCAUUGCUCCUACCUAAAGAUCAGGCAGUCCACUUGAUCCUGACACGGGAGGAUGAAUUCGUAGAACUAAAGGUGCCCUUGCUAAUCAGUUCAGCUGUGCAGAAGAUGCCAAAACCGGAAGAGGAUCCUGAAAAGCAGGCGCAGCAGAUAACAAAAGCCGAAACUAACAGUUGUAAAAAGGUGUCAGAUGUACCAAAAGGGCAGAGGGCAGGUUCUGUCCCAUCUACGGGGGCUCUCUCAGACGAAUCGGGGAUGACCAUGGCAGGAAGUUCUGCACGGCAAAAUAUAAUUCAGUUGACACAGGGCAUUGAAAGCCUAAGGAAGUAUAAGGAACUGGGUUAUGUGGAGAGCGAUGAUAGUGACGUGGCCCAGCAUUGGCAGAACGUCAGAUGUUCUGAUGGUUUGCAGAUGAAGAUUGGUGAGUUGGAGGAGGAGAUGACCCUACAUACCAAGAAAUCCCAAGAUGAAGCUGAAGCACUAACUGAGGAGGGAACAGCAGAAAUUGCUGAUUCCAAAUUUGCCCUUGGUUUAGAAGGAAAGCGGGCAGUUGACGAAUUGAGAACGGAGGCAGAGCUGAUUGAAGAAGUGGAAAGGGUGACUGGCAAAUUGAAUGAAGCCUUAAAGGUUUCAGAAGAGGAACACCGAGUAACAAAAGAAUUGAACCAGAAAGUGAUUCAUGCUUUGAACAAGGAAUUGAACUCCUUGAAUGAGAAAUGCACAAUUCUAGAACAAGAGAAGGAACAGCUUUGUUUGGAAGUUCAGAAAGCCCAGGAGGCAGCCAGUGACUUGCAGUCUGAGAAAGAAGACUUAUUGAACACAAUCCAAUCCAGCGGGGCUCUGCUGAGAGGGAGUACUGAAGAGAGAAGCUGCUUUGAGCGAGAGUUGGGGGCACUGCGGGAGUGGAAGCAGAAGGCUUUAGAAGGCACUACUUCCUGUGAAAGUGGAAAGGAAAAUGGCCAGGUGGAACGCCAUACAUUGCAGGAGUCUAUGCUGGAGAUGCAAAACCAAAUGCAGGAACUGGAAGAAGAAUGUAAGGCGUUGAACAGCGCAGUCACAAAUGCAAAGCACUCCCAGGAACAGCUUCAGGAAAAGUUGGAGCAAACCCGGUCUGAGAAGUCUGAGCUACAGAAUCAGGUUGGCCAUCUGCAGAAAAUAGCUGUUGAGCUGAACAAAGAAAAGGUGGAACUGCAAGCCAAGUUGAAGCAGUGGGAGAGAAGCCCUGUGGGCAAAGAGGAGAUUCCUGGAGACGUCACGCAGGAGAAUGGUCCUUGUGAGGACCUCCUGCCGGACGGCAGCCAGCAAAAAGCUACUGCGCAGACCACAGCAAGCAAGCUGGGUGCUGACCUGGAAGCUUUGCGACAAAGCAUUCAAAAGAAAAGUGAAGAGGUUGAUCGCAAUCUGCUCAACUAUUCUGAUCAUCUGAGCAAGCGUCAAGAGCUAGAGGCGUCUAACAAGAUCUUGUUUAAAGCUGUCAAUCACCUUUAUGAGUGCAAGGCUGAAACUCUCAAGAGCGACCAAUGGAAGGCGGCUGGCUCAGAGUCACGGACAUCAAUUGAGGACAAGAAGCCUGUGGCUGGACAGCACAUUGGUGGUGAGCCUGCCCAGGCAGGUGAAUGGGACCAGAUUGAGACCAGCCAGAGGUCAAAAGGACAUGCUAAUCUUGCAGGACAUUUAAAAAAGUUAAAUCCUGCGGAGCUCGUGAUGAAAAUCAACACUGCUGAACUCGCUGCAAGAAUACAGAAAAAUCGGCAAUUCCGGCAUCACCUGUCCGUGGCGUUUGAUGAAACGGAGUACGAACCAUAUGGACUACCUGAUGUGGUGCAAAAGGGUUUUGCAGAUAUUCCUUCUGGAACUACCUGCCCCCACGUCCUACGCCGAGCAACUCUAAACGCCGCACUUUGUGCCCAGCAACAGGGAGAAGGGCAGUCUCUGCUUAGCUUCUUCAAGGCACUAGGUGGUAGCAGCAAAUAAUAGCUACAGUACAAUGUACCGUAACCGGCAGCAACAGAAAGUUUCCAGAUGAACGUUUCAUGGUAUUUUUUAAAGUGGCAAUCCACUUGCAGUUCUUGGCUCAGAUAAAAAAGCUAUAUUUAGAAUUUUUAAACGGUGAGUGCAGCUGAUGAAUGAGAGAGACUGUCCAGGUGUAUGUGGGUUCACUCGAUCUUAGUUUAAUUUAUUUGAGUCUUAAGAGGAUGUGUGGGUGCAGCACAUUUGAUGCAUUGAAGUGCCAGUGCCGCUUGUUACGGGUUGGGUUCAUGUACAGUUUCAUGCCUGCGGCUCUCUGCGCAGUUGAUUAAGUCUUUGUCAAGGUUUUGUGUGAGGUGUUGUGAAGAGUUGGCAUUUCCUCACAGUUGGCAAGGGAGAUCAAUCCCCUGGAUUGCCCAUUGCAUCUUCUGACAGUGAUGGUAGAAAACUCCUGGCUGUAGGUCUGAUGUUAGCAAGUUUGGUCAGUUUGCUUUAGUUACAAUUGUUGAAACCAUUCUGUUGAUCUUGUGAAUAAUAAGGAUUGUUCUUCACAGAGAGAGGAAUGUUGGACAUCCAACUUCUCCAAGGAAUUGAAACCUAAGGAAGAAAGGAAAGCAUUCCAAGUUUCUGCAUUAUGUAUCUUGUUUGUACCAUUGGUGCUGGGAUCCUGUGGAAAGGUUUUAUUUAUUGAUAUUUUUAUUUGAGAUUUUGGUAAAUGUGGAGGGCACUUUUUGUAUUCCUGGGUUUCAUGAGGACUGUAUCCCUGCUUCUACGUUGUCAUUUUUAAAAUAUUCUUAAUAUGGAUGGAGAAUUGUAUUAUAUUCCGGAGCUGUUUUGUUCCCUAAUAUUGUUUCUAUUUUGAUUCAAUUACUCUAAGCUGACAAUGCACUAAUGGCUAUGUUACCCUGGAUAAGUUAAUUCUUUAUAGAGCAAGACUGCAGAUGCUAUAUUACAUCUGUAAAAUGCACAAACAAAUCAGAUUCUGCUGUGGUUGAAAAUGUCAUGUUACACUUCCUACAUCAUGGUGAAGAUACUUCUUAAAAAAUUUGUGUUCCAAUUUAUAUGAGCAACAGCACAGCAAGAAUAUUCGGUGCCUUGUAUCCACUCGGCGAUCUGACAGGGUAUUGAGUGAUUCCAGGAUGUACUGUAUUUUGUCCCCUUGUUGCAGCCAGUUUACCAGAAUGGUAACAGACAUUCGUACCCAGAUUGGAGCAGCUGGUGGAAUCUGAAGCAGCUUUGCUCCCUUACAAUUCCUACAUGAGCUCAGCAAACUGUUGUCACAAUUUUACCACAACUUAGGAAAUAGAUUGUUCAGUGAAACACAGCAAAUCAACUGCAAGGAAGUGUCUCAAACACAGUGGAAUGCUUUCGGGGAGAAGUCUUGUUUACACUGGGCCAACGCUACUAGAGUUUGGGAUUGCAACAUUCAACAACGAGUUCAAUUACACUAAACAGUUUCACAAGAAACCGCUGGUCUUUUUUUUUAACAUUGAACCGAAGAAUCGAAGGCAAUUGGAUACUCUGCGUUCUCCAUAGCAGGUUGUGUGCCAAAUGAUAAAACUGGCUGCAUACUUUAUAUUUAAACAAAAAUCCCCUUUGGAUGAACUCAAAUAAUUUUUUGUUAAGAUGCUUGAAUUGAAAACAGUUACAGCUUGGAGGCACAAAUUUUCAUUCAUUUGUGAGAUGUGCUAAAGUGGAAUGUGAUUGUUAUUUCAUUCACUUAGUGAAUGAAUGGGGCUAUCCACAUUUUUUAACACUAGAAUUUUUUUCGCUUUUGCGUUCGAGGCAUUUUACCAUAGCCACAGCACAGAAUCGGGUCACUCAGCACAAUAGAUCUAUGCUAGUGAUUAUUGCUGCACACUGUGGCAUAGUGGUAAUGUCACUGGACUAGUAAUCCAGAGGCCCAGGCUAAUCCUCUGGGGACAUGGGUUCAAAUCCCACUGUUGAAUUUAAUUCAACUAAUUGAAAUUUGGAAUUGAAAGCUGGCGACGGUAAUGGUGACCAGUCCAAAACCACAGCAAAUGUGGUUGACUUUUAACUGGUCUCUGGAAUGACCUGACAAGCCACUCGGGUCAAGUGCAAUUAGGGAUGGGCAACAAAUGCUGGUCUUGGCAGAGACACCCACAUCCCAUUUAAAAAAAAAAAAAUCACCCCUGUCUUAAUGAAAGGAUGAUUCCCAUACAAGUAUCCAUUUCAUUUCAACAUUGGGGCCUACUAGUGUAUAUUCCUGCAGGUGUGAUCUUUUGGCAAUUACUCCUUCACUUCCCAGCAGUGCUGAUGCCCGUUUAGCAGCUGGAUAGACCCGAGUGCUUUUACUUGUGGCUUUGAAACUAUUACUUGCGGAGACUUUCAGCUGGCAACCUCUGAUUGGAGUCUCCCAAUGGUGAGCUGAGUGCAUAGGAACCAUGCGUUGGGAUUUCACAUUAAGUUUCACUAGCUCUUCUGAGUGUCAAAGUGAUGCUCGAGUCCAUUCGGUUGCUUUUGAUCAAUUAAAAUGCCCUGAUAUUUGGCCCAAGCCACUGUUAGUCGCGGCAGCUCUAUAGGAAUGUUUGGAAUUCUGUAAUAGUUUUGCCGUCCCGUUUGUUCUGUGACCCUUCAAGUUUUUGCUAGAGUCUUAAGCAUUGUCUCUGUCCCUUGUACCUUGCUGGUGCCCAAGAUUCCGGCAUAUGGGUGCCAUCAGAUGUCCUGAAGUCCCUAUCAACUAAAACCAGUGGUGGUCGAUGAGAUCUGAUAAUUCGUAACUGCGGUUUGUGUUGCCGUUCCAAAACUGUGCUUGCUUUUAAACUUUGUGUCUGAGACUUUUGAUCAUCUGUCUUUGUAGAAAUCUUCCUCAUGUCCAAUUGUUCACUGUUCUUCAAUAUGAUCUGCAGUCCAAAGUUCUUUUCACUUGUGAGUGUUCCAUAUGAUUUACAAAAGAUGGAAUCCUUGAGGUGUUCACUCCGUCAGCUGCUAACAUUUACUUCCUCAUGGGUGAUAAAAUGACCGACACUCUUUGGGGGAAGGAAAAACAAUAAAACCACAUCAUGGUACAGUCAA